AAUUUUAGAGUUGUAUUUAACAAAUAUUACGGUAUAUUUAAUCCUUCCCUUUACGAAAACAAACGAAGAUCUCAACAAUCUAAGUAAUCAAAAACUCAUACAUUUAUGGAAGACCCAUUGAAAUCUCAUUUCUUGAUUUAUGAUCAACUCCACUCUCAGGCACAGGACCCUUCUCGUUCAAUCCUUCUAUGUCGUCUUCCUAUACUGGUUCUACGUCUUUUCAUGAACUUACUCACUCUUCCUUGAUUAAUUUCCUCUGAUUCAAUCCAAAAUAACACCACAUCUUCAUCUGGGUCUUCUUCAAUCUACUAAUCUCCAUUUUGCACCAUUAUUUCUUCCUGAUUUUGAUUUGGUUAUGCCUUCUUCUAGUGGGACAUCUUCUUCAGGAUUUAGCAUGCUUAGGAACUCAAGUUCAGACAAGGAUCUGAGCAGAUCAUGGACCGAGAAAGCACAAGAGAAUGCUCUCCAAUCGAGAGUCUGCUCAGAGGGCUUGUCAGAAAAGCAAAAAACACUGACAAUCUGAUGGAGCAGGUGGAUCAAAGCUAGUGAGAGGGUGGUGUGUGAUAAUCCUAUACUUGGAAAAAUACAAAGGAUCAUCAGAGUUAAAUUGACCAAAAUUGAGUUAGAAAAUAGAGGGGUGCAAAUAAAAGUCACCUACUCUCCACCGAUUUGAACUCUCCAGCUUAAGCACAUUCAUCCGCCAAGCCUACAGAUGUAACUAAUUGAGUUAAUUGCUCGGUCUUUCAAGACCUCCCUCUUACCAAAUAAUCCAUCCGAAAAGUUGGAGCUAACUAUUAGUCGAACAGAUCUUAAACAAGAUGUGGUAGAACUCAAUAGUCCUCAUGAGGCGAUGUUGAGUGGCAGCAGCAGAAGUAGUAGAAUCCUCCAUCUGCUAGAGAAAUGCAAGAGCAUGCCACAAUUAAAGCAAGCUCAUGCGCAGACAGUCGCAUGCGGGCUUGCGCAUAACAGCUUUGCCUUGAGCAGGAUUUUAGACUUCUGCGCUGACCCGCAUCAUGGAAGCAUUACCCACGCAUAUAAGCUCUUCCAGCACAUUCCAGACCCCACCAUCUGCAUAUGCAACACAAUGAUCAAAGCCUUCUCCCUAAGAAAUCAACUCAAGAACUCUGUUCUUGUAUACUCAAACAUGUUACAAAAUGGCAUGUACCCUGACAAUUAUACUCUGCCUUAUUUGUUGAAGGUCUGUGCUAGGCUACAAACUUGCUGUGUGGGAGAAUCAGUACAUGGGCAUUGCUUGAAAUUGGGCUUUGUGUUUGAUAUUUUUGUGGGUAAUUCUUUGAUCCUAAUGUAUUGUGGGUUUAACAAAUUGAAGGAUGCACGGUACGUGUUUGAUGAAAUUCCUAGGUUAAGUGCUGUGUCGUGGACAGUUAUGAUCUCUGGAUAUGCAAAAGUGGGUGAUGUCAACACUGCAAGAUUGUUCUUUGAUGUGGCACCAGUUAAGGAUAGAGGGAUAUGGGGUGCCAUAAUCUCUGGAUAUGUGCAAAAUAAUCGUUUUAAGGAGGGUUUGUAUAUGUUCCGUUUGAUGAUGCAAUCGACCGAUAUAGAGCCUGAUGAGGCCAUAUUUGUGAGCAUUCUUUGUUCUUGUGCUAACUUAGGUGCUCUGGAUACUGGGAUAUGGAUCCAUACGUACUUGGAUCGGCUUGGACUGCCUUUGAGUGUGCGAUUGGUCACUAGUAUGAUUGACAUGUAUUGUAAAUGUGGAGAUUUUGAGUGUGCUAAGAAACUGUUUGAUGGUUUGUCACAAAGAGAUACUACUUGCUGGAAUGCAAUGAUUUCUGGGAUGGCAAUUCAUGGAGAUGGAGAGGGUGCACUGAAGUUGUUUUCGGAGAUGGAGGACGCUGGGGUCAAGCCAGAUGACAUCACAUUCAUUACCCUUUUUUCUUCCUGUAGUUAUUCUGGCAUGGUCUCUGAGGGUUUAAGGAUAUUAGAUAGAAUGUGCAAUGUGUAUAGCAUCCAACCUAAGAGUGAACACUAUGGGUGUUUAGUCAACCUGCUUUCCACAACUGGGCAUUUUGAAGAAGCAAAAGAAAUCAUUUUACGCAUACCUGAUUCAAGCUUCGCUUCAGAGGAAGCAGUGGCCUGGAGAGCGUUGCUGAGGGCAUGUUGCGAUCAUGGACAAAUGCAGUUAGCAGAGGCUGCUGCUGAGAGACUUAUGCAGUUACAAAGCCAUAGCGGGGCUUAUACUCUGCUUGCAAAUCUCUAUGCAGCUGCUGGGAAACAUGAUGAUGCUGAAAGAGUAAGGAAUGUGAUGAAAAGCAAAAGGGUGGACAAGGCACCGGGUUGCAGCUCGGUUUCAAUCAAUGGAAUGGUCCAUGAUUUUAUUUCAGGUAAGAAAACCCAGUUUGGAAUUGUCCAUGACUGUUACGCCUUAUGUUCAUUAAACAUGAUGAGUUUUUUUGGUGCCUAAUCACACCAUGAUUUGGUUGGUGGCUACCUUCCCUAAAAAUAUGCAAAACUUCAAUUUCCACAUACGUAUUUUGUCUAUAUUCAGUUUAAG